UAUCGGGUGCGCUGCUGCGGCACCCCCGGCUCGCCCCCCGGCGCUCUCAAGCAGUUCUUGCCACCGGGAACCACUGGGGCUGCGGCCUCGGCCGCGGAGUAUGGUUUCCGCAAAGAGAGGGCGGCGCUGGAGCAGCUGCAGGGUCACCGGAACAUCGUGACUCUGUACGGAGUCUUUACAAUCCACUUCUCUCCAAACGUGCCAUCACGCUGUCUGCUGCUUGAACUCCUGGAUGUCAGUGUUUCGGAGUUGCUUUUAUAUUCCAGUCAUCAGGGUUGUUCCAUGUGGAUGAUACAGCAUUGUGCCAGAGAUGUUCUGGAGGCCCUUGCUUUCCUUCAUCACGAGGGUUAUGUCCACGCGGACCUCAAACCGCGGAACAUACUGUGGAGUGCAGAGAAUGAAUGUUUUAAACUCAUUGACUUUGGACUGAGCUUCAAAGAAGGCAAUCAGGAUGUAAAGUAUAUUCAGACAGACGGGUAUCGGGCUCCAGAAGCGGAACUGCAAAAUUGCUUGGCCCAGGCUGGCCUGCAGAGUGAUACAGAAUGUACCUCAGCUGUUGAUCUGUGGAGCCUCGGAAUCAUUUUACUGGAAAUGUUCUCAGGAAUGAAACUGAAACAUACAGUCAGAUCUCAGGAAUGGAAGGCAAACAGUUCUGCUAUUAUUGAUCACAUAUUUGCCAGUAAAGCAGUGGUGAAUGCCGCAAUUCCAGCCUAUCACCUAAGAGACCUUAUCAAAAGCAUGCUUCACGACGACCCAAGCAGAAGAAUUCCCGCAGAAAUGGCGCUGUGCAGCCCAUUCUUUAGCAUUCCUUUUGCCCCGCAUAUCGAAGAUCUGGUGAUGCUUCCUACUCCAGUGCUGCGGCUGCUGAACGUGCUGGAUGACGACUACCUGGAGAACGAAGAGGAGUAUGAAGAUGUUGUAGAAGAUGUGAAAGAGGAGUGUCAGAAAUAUGGACCGGUGGUAUCUCUGCUUGUUCCAAAGGAAAACCCUGGGCGAGGACAGGUCUUUGUCGAGUAUGCGAACGCUGGCGAUUCCAAAGCUGCUCAGAAGUUACUGACAGGAAGGAUGUUCGACGGGAAGUUUGUCGUGGCUACAUUCUACCCGCUGAGUGCCUACAAGAGGGGAUAUCUGUACCAAACCUUGCUUUAAUCAGCAACCUAAGGACUGUUUCUUGUUUCUCCUCUUCCAUUACCUGGGUUAUCCUACUCCACAUCUGAACGCAGAAGUAGCACCUUGCCAGUUUGAGGAUGUGCUUUGUACAUUUAUUUAGUCCUCCCCGUGCGCAGCCGUUGCCCCAGCAGUGACGGCACCGCAGACGUGUAGCACUGAGCAGAACAAGACCUCUCAGUGCCCGGGGGGUGUGGAGCCUCCCUGUGGCCACCUUUCCUUGUGCAGUAGGGCAGGUGCUGCUCUUUAGUAUGUACCCUAAACAGAUAGUAACUAUUUCAUGUGGUCGCGAGGCAAGGGUCAGUAGUGUGUGGUGGUGAGUCUUGUUAACAAGUCCGUUAGGGUUGGGCACGUUGCCUACUGAUUGUUCCUCUGUGUCGUCGGCGGCUCCUCCUGACUGUCGGUGUCCAUAGCUGGCGCUGGAAGCCCUCAGUGAUGUUACGUGGUCAUCAAGCUGCGGUCGCCUACUGUGUUCUUGACACUGAGUUGUGAAUUCUUUUUAAGAAGUACUGUAGUACUGAAUAUUCCUUUAAAGAAACUGCAGUGAGCCUAUCUACAUUUUAUUAUUGUUACUAUUACGGCUUUUCAAAUAGAAAGCUGAUGCUUGAUCUUGCACAGUUUUUAUGUCUAGUAUGUGUGCUGGAGUGAGUGUGCAGGUGUGAAAGACUGGAGAAAAUUUAAGUCCGUGUACUUGAUAGUACGAAUCUAGGGAGCUGACACGCAGCUACACACAUCUCUUCCCUGCCUGUUUCCCAUCUGUGAUAGUGAAGGACAUCAGUUUUGAGAGCUGGUCUGUCUAACAGAACGGAAAGGACAGAACAGUUUCUUCCUGAGAGGCUCAACAAACUGGAGUCUAGAUGGGGGGUUACGUUGAAGCUCUUCAAGUGCUUGGAACAAAGAGAAAGUUUUGCUCCACGUAAAUCACCACCCUUAGUCUACAUUAGACCCUGUAUCGGCUCAUCUUUUUUGUACAAAAUCUCAUGAUAAUUCUAAGAUUUUUCGAGAUGUAGUUCUACCUGCCAUCAUGGAAAAUUGCAGUGGGUCAAAAAGAAAGAAUUAGAUGCACAGUGAAGGGAAAAGAAAAAAAUGGGCAGAGUCGAUAAUCAGGAAUUCUGUUUUUCUUCUUUCUGUCUCUUAUCUCCCUCUUCCUGCCCUUUCCCUGUUCUCUGCCUCUGUCCUUGGCUGAAGAGAAACUAGAGGCACAGCAUUGCAGGUGGUCUGGCAUUCAACUGCAAGGAAGUUGACAAAGGUGUGGAGAUAGAUAGAUAUUAUAGGUAGAGGUGGAAGUAGAAAGGAAGAAAAACUCAGUUCUCAAAAGAGUUCCCAGUAAUCUAGUGUGUCCCUGAGUAGAGGGAUGCCAGGGUGCCAGAGUUCAUGGACACAGGUUGCUUACAUGGUUUUAAGAAUUAUAUUUAGGAAGUUUUCUCACGUAAUAUUUUAUGUCUUUAAAGGUAUACAAAUUAGGAAACCUUUUACAAAGCACUGACUGUACAAAAAAGGAAAAGUUGUAUACAGGUUAUGAAUUUUCUUCGGUUUCCUUACCUGAAUGAAAUUUUAUUUAUUAAUUUUUUUUCCUAAGGAAAAAAUCUUGUAUCUUUCCCUGCUGGAAGCCUCUUCCUAUCGUGUGUCGUGUGUGCAUCACGUGGGUUACUGAGAUCCCGUGUUAGAGGAUGAAUCACUUACCUUGUUCAUCAAUCACAAUCUGACAUUGUAUUAUACAGUUGUCAAAGUAUUCGAGACUCCCUCCCUUUAAUAUUUAUUAUGAAGCCAAAUUUGAUACCAGGAGCCUGGUUCAUGCAUUCCCCAAGGGUCUUGCAGGAUGGCCUUCAACACAUGCCCUGAAAAGGAAGAGCUGCUGUUUUUUUACCAUGGCCCUUUCAGAAAUUGGUUAGUUGGUUGGUUUUCAGGUCACAGUUCCAGAAAGUAAGAUCCGUUUUGAGAAGACUUAAGCUUUCCUAAACAUAUGAGUAGCAGCUUCCACGGUGAUUAAAAACAGCAUAUCUUACAUACAUUCCGAUGAAUGUGAGAAUACCAACGAGUUCUGUUUUAGGUGAGAGUUCUAGGUUGGCACAUGUACCUUUCUCUCUCUUCCUCCACCCUUUCCUCCAAAGAAAACCCCUUGAACAUGAGCUGCAGGCGGGCUUCUCAGCAGACGGUGCUGCUAACAUCUCGAGGCUCUUGGAUCACAUCUUAUGUGGAUGUGGUCAUACCAUGUAUGUGUUUAACACUGUCGAGUUUCAUUAUAGGAGAUGCCAGCUAGAUUGUCAGGGAAUAGCUGAUGAGCCUAAGUAACCAUGCAUUGAAGUGAAUAUUUUAUAUUGAAAGCCACAGAGUGAAAGAAAGAUGCCUUUUAUGAUUUAAAUUAUAUUUUAUAGCUCUUAGCCCAUUCUACCAAAGACAUUUGCAGAGUCUCCCUCCUUCCUUCUGAUAUUAUCAGAACUUACUGUCUUUCUUAAACCUGAGCCAAAUAUUAUCAGAAGAUGCAGUUUUCAUUAUUCAUUUAGGAUGAAAUACAUUCACAGCAAUUUUGAUUCCUUGGAGUCACUGAAAACCUAGAAACUUCCUUUUUGAGAGGCAGUGUAAAGAGGUGAGGGUUCAAGUCGCUUAACCCCUACCCUUUGGGGCAAAUUUUAUCUCAGGUAGUUUUUUUUCCCCUAAAUGAAUACCUAUCCUUCCCUGUCACUUUCCCAACUUGUGUAUUGUUCUGUGGUACUUCCGUGGCAUGUUUUGCCCCAGAAAAGUGAAUAUUCUAGAGGAGUCUUUGGUUCUCUGGAAGCGUAAUUUGGAGGAGAUGGCCAGCCAGCCACCAUCAAGUAUACUGCUGUCUCGAGGAAGUACUAGUAGAGUUGGACACUCAGUAAAAGACAGCACUAGCUAAACGUAAUUAUUGGCUUUGUUUUAAAGGAAUUUUUACAAAUUGUUCUCUUGUAAUAAGAGGUCUGCAGUUAUUUCCACUGAAUGUCUUCCUUGUUUUGUGGCCAUCAGUAUGGCAACUCUGUUCCCUCUGCCAUGAGCCCAAACGAUGGCCACUUUUAGAACAAAAACCAUGGAUAUUGUUGUACUCAUUCUUGUCUUUGUUUUCAUUGAGAAAAGUGUUGCCUUCUUUUUGGUAUUCCAGCUGCUAAAGAGUGCUGAAACAUGUUAAAUGAACCUUUUUUAAAAAAAAAAAAUCAGAAUUACCUUGCCUUUUAGAUUCGUGUUACUUGUGCUUCUGUUUUAAUCUUGAGCAAAUCAGUGAUAAGGAAUGCAGUGCUGCCUGUGGGAGACGUUGAAGAGAAACGGGCGUAGGGUUGUUGCUGUCCCACUACAGGGGGCUGCCACCUGGCGAGUGCAUCUUCUCUGGAAUAAAUUAAAGACAAGUCACAGCACUCCUCAGUUGCUGUUUCUGGGCUCGUUUGCAUGCAUUCAUGAAAAAGCAGGUCAUCUGACGUCAUUGUCUUGAGUCGGUCUUUCAGGCUUUAUGAAACUGCCUAAUCUUACAGAUACUACUUCUGAUCUACAGAUCAGUUACACUUGGCAUCAUCUCAUUGUAUUUUUGUAACUCGUGAAAAUCAGCACUAUCUAAGUGACAGUAAUCACAACAGCAUCGUUACUGAGUGAGGGAGUAGGGGACUCUCAGUAACUGUGUCUCCUCUGGAUUCUUAUGCAAGGGUACGCGCUAGGGGGCUCGAUUCAGAUUAGCGGACAGAUGGAAUCACACCGUGACUUUUGGUCUGGUGGAUGUGUAGAUAGUUAAAGAUUUAAGCAAGUGCCUUGUGUUUCCUGGAAAAUAUUAAAACUCAUUUGGGCGAAAGCUUCCCAGAUGAUGACAAUUCAUUGCACCUCUGCCUUUUCCUGGAAUAAUGGUUGGAUUGAAUCACAUAGUAUUAAAAAUUCCAUUUCCUUCACUUACCUUACUUUUGGUAUGUGUAAAACUAGUCAUACUUGAUUUUGUUUCAAUAUCACGUAAGAUGGAAAAGCCAGAGUUAUCAGGCUGAUUCUAAUUCUUCCUUGGGUCUAGUUUUAUGUUAAUACCAGGUUCCUUCUUUAAGUUUUAUCACCGUAGCUCUCUCAUAUAAUUUAUUUCUCAUCUAGUGUGGUCACAUAGAGACCUGCCUGUGGUCACAAUUUGAUUGAAAGAAUUUCCAUUUCUUCUUAAGGUGCUCAGUAAGUCACCUUUAUUUUGAGAUGGAAAUCUUUCAAGUUAGUAGUAUUAGCUUUAUCAGUGCAUAUAAAAAUGUCAGGUCUCCAUUAUAUGGAGUUUUUGGAGUACCCAGCAUUUUAAAGAUUUGUUCUGUGUUUAUUUCAGGUCUGCUUCUUUCCCCGGUACCACAGGAUACAUCAUGUACUCCUAGCCACUGCCCCCAAAUGUUUUUCACAAUUUUUCAAAUUGUAUGAUGGAUGAUUAGUAGAUUCACCUGAUAACAUAUACUUGACAAGUACUAUGGGUACUGAAGAAGAAGGUAAACAAUUGUAACUAUUUUUGCUGUGAUUUUAUAGGAGGAUGGGCUGUGAAAGAAAUAUCUAAAGAUCAGAGGGCAAACUGUAUAUUUUAUAGGUGGUUAGGAAGGUGAUCUUCAGGAUGUGAGACAGCUUACACGCACUUUGUCCUUCUGACAGAAAGUUCUUAUUCAUUUCCCAGCCGCUCAGAACUUUUGGUGUUGCUUGGACUACUUAUAAAGAUCGGUUUUACAUUUGCUUUCUUCGUGCUUUUCAGAGUUCCCCUAAUCAUGGCAGUUGUGUUUGUGGCAUAUAUGCUGGACUUUGUGAAUAAAUUCUUAUCUGAGUCUCAUUUCCCAUUAAAUUGGGUAAUUAUCACAGUAACCUCAAAAACCAAACCAAACAAACAAACGAACAAAAACCUGAUGGCUUUUUUGAAGGCCAUGUAUGUUUUAACACCUAGGUUCUUAUAUUUUAAUUUGAAGGCAAAGAGAAGCAUCCUAUCUUUUGGGCCUUUUGUGACCAUCCUUGUGCAUGAGAGAACUUAUUUUGUUAUACUACUUCUUAUAAUGAAAAUAAGUAACAUUCUGGAAAGAAAAGAACUGGAAUUGUUCCUUUUUGCUUCUUUUUAAGAAACCCUAUGUGAAAAGCCAAGUUACUUGCUAUCAUAAGCUCUGGACUGUCAUCAAGAGAAUUACUUGUAGGCACUUUUCACCCCCUGCUGCAAUUGCCUUCCUCCCAGGUUACCUCCCCUGAGCGAUGCUGUGAGAGGAGGACAGUGCGUGUAGAAGCAAGUGUAGUUGAGUUAGCGGAAAUCAUGCAUACGUGGACUCAAAACCUCUUCAGUUGCUUGAACUCUAUGGUGGUAUUAUUUUUCUAGCAUGGGUUGUUACAAGACUGCAGAAUUUUAAUAGUAAUGAGGAGAAAGGUAAAUAAUAAAAAUAGAGAGGAGAGGGGAAACAAAAUAGCUCCCUUACUGGUCUUAGUAUAUCUUCCAUGUAGGUAAUGGCCUGAAAAUGAUAUUUAUUUUUUAAAAUUUAGGUUUGGCACCUGUAGUGUAGAAACAUGGCCUUUCCUCCACAUUCCUUAUUAUUGAUUGUUUCCCCAGAAAGAGUUCAUGAAGCCAGAUUCAAUAUCCAUGUUCAGUUUGGCCUGCUUUUUAAAAAGAAAUACUUAGGUGUAUAUGGUGUCCAUCACCACGCAUGCAAACCGAGGAUCACAGACACUGGGGUUAGCCAUCUCCUGUUUUCCUAUGCACACUGGGCACAGUGGGUGGCGUUCGUAUGCACUAGCUGCAGUGUUACAGCACCUUAUCGAACUAGGUAGUGUUUAUUUAUUGUAAUUAAAAGUUAAGCUGCACCUCUGUAGCAUAUUUACUUUGCAGAGUAUAAAGCUGUUAGGUCUUUGCAACAGGAUUUACACUUUCAUUCUUAGUCCUUUUUUUUUUCAGUAAUGAUUUAACAUUCCUUUAUAUAUCCUCUUAACUGUCAGAUCUAGGGUAGAAGGGAUUUUCCUCCCAAUAAAAGGGCUCCAUAUCCACUAUCUUUUGACAAUUGUCACCAAUCCAGUUAUGAUCAUGAACUUUAACAGUUGAUCGCCUCCUGUGUCAGCACCUGGAGUGGUUGGUCGUGAAUAUUAAAUCCUACCCCAGUAGUCUCCACAUGUUCCAAUCCCCGGUGGAUCCCUCAGACCAGGAAUAGUACCAGACCUGACAUCUACUCUACUCUAUGUUUUCUCAAUUCUACGUAUAUAUUUGUUAUGAAGUUUAAUGCAUAAAUUAGACACAGUAAGAGAUGAACAACAACAACUAAAACUAGGACAGUGGUGACAGUGUGCAGUAAUAAAGGUUAUGUGAAUGCUGUCUCUCUAAACAUUGUACUGUACUCACUUGUGUUGGGACCGUGUGUGACCAGGGGUAAUGGAAAGCAAACUUGCAGAUAAGGGGGGGCUACUGUACUACUGUUUUUCCUCAGUGACACAUAAUUGCUGUGUUUUGGAUAAGAAGGUAUGAUUAGAAGAAAAUGUGAAAGAUCACUUAAACCAAAGCCAGUUCUAAGGAGUAUUGUCUCCUGUUGGUUUACCUUCACCUCACAACUACGAGAAUAUUACAGUACCUAGCAAAUAGUCGUCUGUAACAUUUCUACCAGUCGUUUCUAUAGCGUAUUGGUCUUGGCAUUUCUUGGCACUAUGGUUCUCUGUUCUUUGUGAAGUCUUAUUGUUUGUGAGGCUUAUUACUUUUAAAAUAACCAAGUGGGACUAUAAAUGUAGAUACGUGUCAGUAUGGAAAAGUUCUUUUCUCAGAUCCCUAAAUUUCUGACUUCCAUUCAAUUCUUUUAAACUUGUUUUUCCUCGCCGAGUAGCAGGGGACUAUUAUUUUCAACUUUCCUAUAUAACUAAAAAGUUUGGACACUGCAUUUCAAUCAACUGGAUUGCGUAAUUUUUUUGCUGAAAACUUUCUGUAAACACAAUUGCCUUCUUUGGUUUUGUUGUAAACUGACUUACUAUAUGAUGCACUGUUGAUAUGCUUUCCGAUGUGUGUUUGAUAAGAGUGAUAAAAUAAAGUUUAAAAAUAAAGUAA